UUACCUGCCAAACCCAUCCGUCUCUGAAUCCAAUUUUCUUUUCACAUACCCCGAUAAAGAAAUUCCCAAAUUUGACCAAGAAAAGAAGAAAUCGAGAUGGGUUUGUCUCUAAGAUCCUCCAUUGAUGGCUCUCCAUCGCACUACCGAACACACAAGGUGUUCCUCUACUGCAACUACAUUCUCUUGGGUGCAGCCUCCAGUUGCAUCUUCUUGACCCUUUCUCUUCGAUUGGUGCCAUCAAUCAUUGGCUUCUUCUUUAUUCUCCUCCACAUCACCACCAUCGCGGGGGCUGUCUCUGGCUGUAUCGCAGCAUCCUCGGGGACUGGCAGAUGGUAUGCAGCUCACAUGGUAACUACUGUGCUGACAGCGAUAUUCCAAGGGUCUGUAUCCGUGCUGAUCUUCACCAGGAGUGGAGAUUUCCUUGGGAAUUUGAAGUCCUAUGUGAGGGAAGAGGACGGUGUGGUGAUUUUGAGGCUGGCUGGUGGCUUGUGUGUGGUGAUAUUUUGCUUGGAGUGGGUGGUUCUCACACUCGCAUUCUUCUUGAAGUACUAUUCUUAUGUUGAAGGCGAUGUUAGUGGUGGCAAUGCCGUGAAGAGGAGUGCCAAGGUGCAGCAAGAUGAGGAUUUGAAGGACUGGCCAUGGCCUUUCCAAGUCUAAUAAUUUUCUUCUCUGCUAUACCUGCCAUAUAUUACUGUUUCUACAUUCAAUUUAUUUGUUUAUUUGGGUUGGGGCUUUGAGAGAGACUCUGUAUGUACGCUUUAUUGAUCUUUCAUGCGGGGAUGCUGAGUUUUUACAGUAAUUUGUACUUAAAACAUGCUAUGCUAUUUAUUAUAUAUUAAAUAGCUUUAUUAUCAUA